AUGGCGGGAUUGGAUGAUCUGCCGAGACAUUACCUUCAUUUGGUCCGGAUCACGGCUAACCAAAAACUCGUCCGCGCCAAGAUUCUCAAUGGCUUCCUUUUUCUUACUCAACGACGUGCUAAUGACGGUCACUUUAGUCCCAAACGCCUUUGCAAAUUUGACGGCCACAUGGCCGAGCCCACCCAAGCCCACGACACCCACAUUCAAGCCCGGCUUGUCGAGCCCAAAGUACCUCAACGGGCUGUAAGUGGUGAUGCCGGCACAGAGGAGUGGGGCCCCAAUGUCGAGGGGAAGAUUUUCGGGCCAACGGAUGACGAAAUGCUCGUCGGCCACCAUGAUGUCCGAGUAGCCACCGUACGUGAUGGUCCCAUCCACGUAAGUCUGACUGUACGUUUGUAUUGCUUUCGAGCAGUAAUUUUCGAGACCGUUUGCACAUUGGUUGCAUUGCCUGCAAGAUCCGACCAUACACCCGACACCGACUUUGUCGCCGACCAUGAAUUUCUCGACUUUGGGGCCCACUUUGAAAUAUGCAACCUUCUUGAGAACUUGAAAGGAGAGAAAACCCCAGACGUAUCUCUGGCGGCCCAUCCAAAAGCUUUCACAGGGUGCUCUGUUUCAUAUGAUUUCGCCAUUUUCCAGUGA